GUCCAUUCUCAUAUCCCAAAUUGUCAUUAUUAUUGUCAUUCACUUGCAGCCUGCUACGGCCCCUUUAUCUUACAGGACGAUUGAGCUGGUCUUUAUUCUUCUGCAGCUCUUUGGCUCCAUUCAUUCGGGUUCAUCCGAUCACAACGUUGCGCUCGUCCAUACUCCUGCAACACUCCUGCGCCGAAAAAUGAAGCACAUGCGCAGCCUCCUCUCGACGGCGCAAGUCCUGCGCCAGGUCUUCUUCCCGCCUCAACGCCUCAUCCGACCGCAGUACCUCCGGCCUCUACCCAUGGGCGUUCGAACAAUGAAAUGGAACCGUAAAGAUUCCCAAAAAACAGAAUCGAAGGAGGCAAGACUCAUCAAAGACGAGGCCAUUAUAUCGGAAUGGAUUCAGAUGGUGAACGAGAACAACACUUUGGACCCCCCAAUUCGACGCUCGACUGUCCUCAAUAACAUCGACCGCUCUAAAGAGUUUUUGAUCAAGGUCAGCGACGGAGCGGAUGGCGCGCCCCCGGUUUGCAAGGUUGUGAACAAAAUGGAUCUGCGGGAGGCCGAGCGUGCCAGAGCCAAGGCAGCCCACGUCACCAAGACCUCCUUCAAACAGGUGGAAUUGAACUGGGCUAUCGACAACCAUGAUCUUAGCCACCGCCUGAAGAAGAUCACCGAAUUCAUCACCAAAGGCUUCAAGUUGGAGGUUGUCUUGAUGCGGAAGAAGGGCAAACGAGCCCCCACGGCGGAGGAAGUCAAAAACCUCAUGGACAAAGUGGUGGACACGAUCAAGGAGGCCAAUGGCAUGCAAAUCAAACCCAUGGAGGGAGAGCCAGGGCGGGCAGUUACCAUUACUGUGAGGAAGAAGCCCGACCAGUAGCCUGUUGACGCAGCUACCCCGGUAGAGAAGGUCACACUUGUGUAAAUCGGCCAGUAUAUACAAUUGUAU